UUUACCCGAUAUUCCAAUUCCCCAAAUCAAUCAACUCUUUGUGUUCUAUAACAUCAGUGUCUCAGAAUCGUAGUGUGCAUAACUUAACUGCAUCCAUCAAUUAAAAAAAAAGUAUAUACUGCUACAUAUAACAACUUGGAAACCACCACCAGCAGCCCCCACACACAUUGGACAAAGUCAAAACCUACCUUUUUUUUGUACUAUAACACAUCAUUGCCUCCCUGAUAGAUAGACAAACAAAUCGAUCAUGUCUAAAAUAGUUCGUUCCAUUAAGAACGUAGCCAAUGGUUACUCAUCAGCUCAAAUUCUCGUUAGAAAAGCCACUGCCAAUGAUGCCAGUGGACCCACCAUAUAUGAUAUGGAAGAAAUUGCAUCAUAUACUUAUCAAUCCCAAACCGAAUUCUUGGAAGUCAUGGAUAUGUUAGACCGUCGUCUUAAUGAUAAAGGUAAAUACUGGAGACAUGUUGCCAAGUCACUUACCGUGUUGGACUACUUGGUUAGAUAUGGUUCUGACAAAUGUGUUCUUUGGGCUAAAGAUAAUCUUUAUAUUGUCAAGACUUUACGUGAAUUUAUCCAUUUAGACGAGCAAGGUGUAGAUCAAGGUGCAAUUAUCAGAGUCAAGGCCAAGGAAUUGGUUUCUCUAUUACGUGAUGACGAGAGAUUAAGACAAGAACGUGCUCUUGCUGCUAAUAAAGGUAGAAAUGGAAAUGAGGACUUCGAUGAAGAUAGAAGAGAAAGAAGAAGACCAAGAAGAGAUACUAAUCGUUCCAGAAGAGGUGAUGAACCAUACGAUGCUGAUUUGCAAAGAGCCCUUGAGUUAUCUAAAAUAACUGCUGAAGAGGAACAAAAUCGUCCAAACCCAGAUGAAAGUGAUGCUGACUUACAGGCAGCUCUUAAAUUAUCCUUGGAGGAAGAAGAAAUGAGAAAACAAAAGCAAGGUAAUAAUUUAUUGGAUUUAACUGAUGAUACUCCAUAUCAACCUCAAUAUUACGUGGCUACUGGAUAUUACCAACCACAACAAUUCUAUGGUCAACCACAACAGCAACAACAAUAUGAUAUGUUUGGUAAUCCAAUCCAAAAUGCAAUGGAUACUGGAUUAUACCAACAACAGCAACAACAACAACAAUUCCUUCAACAGCAGCAACAACAAUUCCAACCUAACCAAUUUACUGGUUUCAACUAUGGUCAACCCCAACAACAAGAACAAAUUCAACCUUUAAAGACUGGUUCUAACAACCCAUUCGCUUUGUCUGGUUCUCGCCCAGAACCUGCAUCCCCAGUUAGAAAUCAAACUUUAGAUGCAUUGGCCCAACAACAACAGCAACAACAACAACAACAACCUCAAUUCUUUACUCAACCAGCCCAAUCUGCACCACAAUCUGCAGCUACCUCAUCCAAAUACAAUGAAACUCAUUCUGAAUUGAAUAACUUGUUGGCUCAAGGUACUGGUAUUGAUACCUUUGGUAAUACUGGUGCCAACAGAAUUCCACAUCAACAUACCAAGACUCAAACAUUUAUAAACUCAAGUGGUACUGGAUACAAGCCACAAAAUGAUGAACAAAGAUUGAGUUCUAAUGCUACUGGUAAUCCAUUCCUUAAUACUGGAAUUGGGUAUCAACAACAACAACAGCAACCACCACAGGGCCAACAAGCAAUCAAUGCUGCUUAUACUGGAUAUGGAUUUGGAAAUGCCCAACCACAACAGCGCAGAGCCAAUGAUGGUCCUAGUUUGAUAGAUAUUUGAGUCCGCUCGUAUUUUAUAUAGUUCCCUGUUUGGUGAGAGUUUUUUUUUAUAGGAGAUUUUGUAUAUUAAGAAAAUUAUUGAAGUAAAGUACUUGGUUACACCUUUAUAAUUUAAAAUCGUCAAGGUUCUGCAAUUGCAUUUUGAAGAUUGACUUAACGCACCAGUCCCAUUCAAGGGCAAUCCCAUUCUUGAUUUGCUUUUUGAAUGCCGCAAUUAAUUUUGUGUCUUUAGUCUUGUUAGCUAGGAGAAUCACUUGAUCAGUGGAUUCAAUGUGUGUGUCAAUGACGGUUUUAGCUAAUUUUGUAGCCAGUUUGAUCUCAUGGAAAUCCUUCAUUCCGUGCUCGUGUAAAAUUCUAGCAAUCACAUCAACACCACCAUUCAAAUUAGAUGACAUAUUAAAACUCAAAUCUUGGAAUAACUUGCCCUUGUUUGGUGAAGUUAACAAAUUGUUCAAUCCAUUCUUCCCCAAUUCUUGAUCGAGUUUUGUUACUUUAUCUAACCUAUAAUCUUCAAUAUUGAACUCAGUCAACACCGUUUGCUUGUCAACAUUCUUAAGCACAUCAAUGAGGUACUUUGGGUGAACUAUAUGAUCGACUUUAGCAAGACUGCGCAAGAACUUCUCUGUACGCAAUAUCUUUGGUGCUAUCAAUGUGUUUGGUUGGGUUGACAAGUCCAGUAUUAUUUCUACACCCACAUUCUGCAAAUUUGCAAUGUCAUCCGCUGAAAGAUCAAUGAUUGAUUCACAACCAGUCAUGACGGCAAUGAUUUCACAUUUCUUGUUGGGUUUGUGUUUCUUGACAGGUGGUGAACUGAGUAGUUUAUUUGGCGAUGAGCUUAAAUGUUCUAAUUCUGUCAUGUACUCUUUCAUCUUCCGUGAACUCUUGGUCAUCUGUUGAUACUGAUUCAAAUCUGACAUAUCUUCGUGAAGUUUUGCUGCUGCUCUUUUAGCAGCUGAUCUACGUGAUCCAACUGGUGUAUGGUGUGGUUCGGCAAUUACUUGUGGACUAGAACUUUUUGCGCUUGUUUGGGUUGUACUUGGGGAAGCCGGUUCAGAGUUAUCCAUAAGCUCUUCCUUUGAAUCGGUGGAAGCAUUGGCAUCAGGAACUUGCUCGGUUUCUUUGGUC